AUGGAGCUCCGUCGAUGCCGAUAUCUUAUCAAGUUCCGAAUGAUGUUCAGGUACAUGUACGCACAGUGGCAACGCCGCCAAGUUCGCUCAGUACGACCGGGUAUCACAGCAUUUAAAGAUCAAUCCAAUUCCACAUCCAAGGCAGCUAGCUCCAAGUAA